AUGAACAACAGAAUAUCUACUAUUCUUACACCUGAAAGUGAUAUUCAAACUCUUGUUUUAAAAUUACUUGAACCGAUUAUUCUUCAUCUUGCUAAUAAUUAUUUAGAUAAUUCUGAGCGACAACGUUGGAAAAAAUUACAUGAACUUGUUUCUAAUUAUAGAAUUGUACUUAAAAUAAAAUCAAUCCCACCAUCAAUAAUAACACGAAAACAACAACGAAGUGAUUCACAACCACCAAAUGAACAUGUACCACAACAACAACAUCCAACACGUUAUAUGGCAAUAAAUGUAACAAAUGAAACACUUACUUUCAUCGUUUGGCUGAAACUCUUUCUACGUCUACCGAUAAUCUUUCAUCGACAGAUAUCUGUUUUUGAUAUAAUUGUUGAUAAACCUCAAGCAUCAACAUAUCUUCAAACACGUCGUAUUAAUUUAAUAUUAAGUGUUGUAACAAAUAUGGAUACAACUACAAUGGAUGUACCAUUAAGGCCACAAGAAGUUCAUGAUCUUAUUAGUCGUGCUGGUCGUUUAAUAACAUCUUAUGUUCGAGAAUUUCUUCCCAAUGAUACACAACAAACAUCUUCAAUACAAACAACAGCUAAUACAGAUAAUAAAUUAAUUAAUACAAGUUUAAAUGAUACUAUUGAAGAGCCUCAUAUACCAAUUCCAUUAGAACAAACAACAACAAAAAAACGUCUAAGUACACGUCGUAAUGAUACAAUUAAUCGCACUAUUAAUCCACUUAAUUCAGAUAAUUAUAUACGAAUUGAUUUUCCUGAAAUACGUUGGUAUGGAAAUUAUUCUAUUCAACAAGAACAAGAAAAUAAAACAAAAGGUGGUUUAAAUCUUCGAACAAAAAUUGAUGUACUUAAAUUAACAAUAACAGCUGAUUUUCUUGCACAAUUAGUUUUUGUUUUAAAAGUAAUUAUACAUGAAAUAAAUGAAAUUCUUGCAAAAGUUUCUGGAUUUGAUCAGUUUCAUUUUGGAACAACAAAAGAUUCAUGUUUAUCAUCAUCAUCAACAGUACCUAUUAUACGUAUUGGUUCAACAGAUACAGAAAAUGAGGAUGACGAUGAACGAGGAAAAGAUCAACCAACAAUACCAUCAACAUUGUUUACAUAUUAA